AUGGCAAACCCAUCCGACAAAAAAGAAAAAGAAAAGAUAGUAGCAAUCCUACUAUGCUUGGGAGAAAGAAUUAUAUCGGUUGUUAAAUUUUUAGCUAAGCAAAACCUAGCUUUUAGGGGUAGUCCUAAUAAAUUAUUUUGUAAUUUACACGUUACACGUCUAACUCGCAGCAGAGCAGCAACAGCAGCCCAGCAGAUAAGACCUGAAGAUGGUUUAGUUUUCGUUCAUUGGGAUGGUAAAAUUAUUUCUGAUUACCACUGCUCAACCAAAGUAGAACGUUUACCAGUACUGGUUUCUGCACAUGGAAAUGAAAAGUUAUUAGGAGUACAGCAAAUGCAGUCGGAAACGUACUUCGAGAGUGGAAUCUGGUGGAUAAAAAAAAAAUGGCAGAUACUUACUUUGCUAGCCUGCCGUCAUCAUGUUUUGGAAAUAAUUCUUAGUAAGGUUUUCAAGUUGUGCAGCUCUCCGGAUAUUCCAAUUUUUAAUCAAUUUAAAAUAAUUUGGCUACCUAUUGAUCGUAGCUGCUUCAAGUCCUCAGACAAAAACUCCACAAUCCCCUUGUUGCCAGCUGCAUUAAAACAAAAGUCUCAACGUUAUGACGACUACUUGUCGCUGUGUGUUGUAAAACUUCGAGUUGUAAAUGAUAUAGCGGAAAGAGGGGUAAAACUAUUUGAAGAGCAUAAUCAACUCAUUACAAAAAAUGAGGACGAAAAGCAAGACUUGUUACAAAUCGUAGAAGCGAAUCGGAAGUCUGUUCCGACAGAAACCACAAAAAAGCUGCAAUUUAUGCUACUAAGAGUUGUGGACCAUGAUUUUCAUUUGGAUAUACAUCUAUUCUUCAGAUUCAUUUUAUCAUAG